CAUUGAACAGAUGUUCCUUUUUGGCAUAUCGGAAAAAUCACGUCCAUUAUUUAUUAGUGCGAAAACUUUUCAGUCAACUGGAGAAAUUGUUCAAAUAAACUGUUAAAAACAUGUCUAUGUUAUUGUUAAAUAUCUUGCGACAAGCUUGCAAAACAUUCGAUCAAUCGAAUAAAGCGUCUUUCAAUACGAAUUUCCCUACGCUUAAGCAACUAACGGAGCUUUUAACAUAUUUCGACAUACAGCUUGAGCCGCAGGAAUUCGAAACGUUAUUCAAGAAACCUGGACGAGCACCGUGCACGUAUGUGCAUAUUUUGGAAAAUGAUGUUGUAUCCAUGAGUGUAUUUGUGAUGCGUGAAGGCUAUACAAUGCCGUUGCAUGAUCAUCCGUGUAUGCAUGGACUUUUACGCGGUAUUUACGGAAAGCUAAAGGUGCAAAGUUACACUAAACAACCGUUAAAACCAAAUGAACCGUUGUACGAUCCCAAGGCUUUGGAGGUUUGUGUUAAAGCAAAUGAACCGAAAUUCGUUAGUUCUAGUACAGAAUGCGCUACGCUAACACCCACUGAACGCAAUUAUCAUGAAAUCACCGCCGUUGGCGGCGUGGCUGCAUUCUUUGAUAUACUUAGUCCGCCAUAUGAUGCAAAUAUUCCCAUAUAUGGUAGUCGACGUUGUAACUUUUACCGUGUGGUUGAACCAAAGCCAAUAUCUAGCAAUGGCGGUGACGCCGGCUUUAGUGAAAAACCAUCAUCAUUGUGUUUACAGCGCAUACCAACACCGCGUAGCUACUAUUGUGAUACCGCUGAAGCACCUGAAAAGGUGCUAAGUUACACUUAUCUAUUCACAGAUGAGGAGUACAGUUAAUCUUAGUUAUAAUAUAGACACAUAUUUAAUUAUAUACGAUAAUGCCAAAUUUUAAUUUAACAUAGAUGUGUGAGUGUGUAUCUCUUAAGUAACCUUUGUAAUCACUUUCGACUUAAAAAAAAUAUAUUUUCAUACCGUGCUAGAUAUUUUAUGCUUUAAUAGGAUGUAGAAUCUAGACUGUUUUAACAAAACUAUCACAUGUACAAGUGACGUUUUAAUUGUUGAUGUUAAGAAUUGUAA